AUGGAGAUGCCGAUUGCCAAAGAUGGCUCCAGGUACGUGAUCACCUUUACUGACGAUUAUUCUCGUGGCUCGUGGGCCUAUGCCAUGAGAUGGAAGCAUGAAGCGCUCCAGAAGUUCCGACAUUUUGAGGCCUGGGUGCACCGACAGUUCGGCGCCCAGAUCAGAAGAUUCCUCACCGAUAACGGGAGAGAAUAUCUGCCAAUUGGAACACAUCUCGAAUCCCAGGGAGUUGAGUUCGACACAUCGCCGCCAUACUGCAAAGGGCAGAAUGGGCUGGCCGAACGCACCAAUCGUACUAUCCGGGAGCGGAUCAACACGCUCCUGUCCGAUGCGAACCUUUCUCCUUCCUGGUGGGUCGAGCUCUUGGACACGGUGGUCUAUCUGAAGCUACGCGCGCCAGCAUCGAUCUUACAGAAGAAGACACCGUUUGAAAUUCUAUAUGGGAAGCCGCCCUCGCUCUUGCAUCUGCGACGGAUCGGCUCCCGUGCAUGGGUCUUAAUCCCAAAGGAACAUCAAGCAAAACUCGGACCGAGAUCAUCCGAGUGUCGAUUGCUAGGCUAUUGUGAACCGAACCAGUACAAGCUCUAUGAGAUACAUUCUGGAAAGACAGUCUUUUCCCGUGAUGUCGAGUUCGAUGAGAGGACCCCGGUGGCGCCACUCAUCGAGGGGGAAACAGGCAACGGCCUCCCGGACAACGCUCCUCCAUCACCUGUCUUUCCAUCAAUGCCACGUUUAGCCAGAGGGCUGCUAACACCACCGGCAUCGCCAGUACCUCUGGCGAGUGAGCGAGAGAAAACGACACCUGGGCGUGAAGAGGAGACACUUCCAGUGGUCAAUCCAAGCCAACAAGGAAACGACUUGACAUCGGAUCUUGGGUAUUCGAUCUAUGGUCGCAGACGAAGACCGUCGCGGCGACUCCUGGAGUCACUAGGCAAGGUGUACUCGGCAGGCACAUUGAAUACCGCACCGGCCAGACAAGUCGACCCGGCGACCUUCCACGAGGCCGUGUCAGGCCCAACCCAGCUGGAAUGGUGGGCCGCCAUCCAGAAAGAAUAUGCGUCGCUUCUCGAACACGGAACAUGGGAAAAGGUUCGGCGAGAGGACAUCCCAGCCGGAGAUCAUGUGAUUGGCUGUAAAUGGGUCGUCAAGACCAAAGCCAACGGAACGCGCAAGGCGCGAUUGGUCAUCAGAGGUUACCGGCAGAAACAUGGCAUCGACUAUCACGAAACGUUUGCUGCUGUGUCGCGAAUGGACUCCGUCCGCUGCAUUGUAGCCAGCGCCGUGUUGCGCGGAUGGAAACUCCACCAAUUCGAUGCGGUCACCACAUUUCUCCAUGGAGACGUCGAUUCGUCUAUUUAUAUGGAGUUGCCCCAAGGCUUUGAAGAGCCAGGGUACGUGUGUCGGCUGCGCCGCUCACUGUAUGGGCUGAAGCAGGCUCCGCGGAUUUGGUACCAAUGCGUCCACCGCGUCCUGGCUUCUCAUGGCUUCACCAUGGCCCAAUCGGACAACUGUGUGUUCUACAAAUCGAAUUGCGUCGUUUGUGUCCAUGUCGAUGAUUUCCUUGUUGCUGCGGCAAACACGCACGAAAUCGAAAAAGUGCAACAAGCAUUGCAAACAGAGUUCCGACUGAACGAUCUGGACACCCCGCGUUCGUUCCUCGGGAUCCAGUUCGACUAUCACGUCGAUGGGUCCGUGUCCAUUCACCAACACCAGUACAUCCAGAAGGUGCUCUCCGAGUUUGGCAUGGAGAGUUGUCAACCGAAGUCUACGCCGAUGAAUCCCAAGCACAUCCUGAAUCAUCGUCCAGACGAGGAACCUCCGGACGAGGAAGCAAAAGCUCGUUAUGCGACUGCCAUUGGUUCGUUGAUGUAUCUGAUGGUUGGCACGCGACCGGAUAUUGCGUUUGCGCUGGGCAAGUUGAGUCGUUUCACGGCUCAGCCGCAAUCGCACCACCAAGUCGCUCUGCAGCGAUUGCUUCGCUACAUCAAAGCCACGCAAUCUCAUCGCAUUACCUACCGCAGUGGGCAGCUGAUCGGGUAUACAGACGCCGACUUUGGUGGCUCCGUCGUCACUGACGGUGCAUACUCGACGUCUGGCUAUGUAUUCCAACUUGCAGGUGCGCCAGUUUCCUGGUCGUCCAAAAGGCAGGGGGAAGUGGCCACGUCUACGACACACGCCGAAUACAUCGGACAGUACAAUGCUAUUCUGCAUCUGCAGUGGCUCCGCACCUUUCUAGCUGAAACGCAAUUAUAUCGGUCUCCGGUCACUAAUAUCAUGGCUGACAACCAAUCUGCCAUUGCACUUUCUCGCAAUCCUGAGUUCCACAAGCGGACGAAGCAUUUCAAAGUGAAAUUUCACUAUCAGCGAGCCGUGCUGGAUGCAGGCGAGAUUGGGCUUCAAUAUGUUCCAACUGAGGAACAGGCCGCAGAUGGUCUCACCAAGCCAUUGGGGCCUGCGUCCUUUGUCAAGUUUUGUAGUCUCUUAGGAAUCGACGCCUCAGAGACUCCAAGGCAAUAUGCAUGA